CUGUCCAAAUUCAGAUCCGAACUCGUUUGGUAUAGAGUCGGGUACAAUGACCUGUCGGGUCUACCCGAUCCUUGUGCAACCGUGGAAUAAAGAAGAAGGAGCGCAGAGGCGAGUCUGAGAGAGAGAGAGAGAGAGAGAGAUGUGGGAAACGCCACCAGCGUUCCAGGAAGCAGAUCGUUGUGACGUCUGCAAAUGCAGUUUCAACACUUUCAGGCGACGGCAUCAUUGCCGAUGCUGCGGCAGGACACUAUGCCAUGAUCAUUCAUCCAAUCAAACAACAUUACCACAAUUUGGCAUCCACACCAAUGUCAGAGUUUGCAGCGAGUGUUUCAAUAAUCCCAACCGAUCUGUGAGAGGUGAUCCCCAGACAUCCUCAGACAGCAUUGACGCCACAUCUGAUAAAUUUUCACAACUAGAAGUGAGUGAGGAUGUUGACAAUGUGCAGCCUAAAUCAACUUCAGUUAACCCCAUUUUAGAUGUUCCCGAGUGCAACUGCGGAAUGCCAUUAUGUAUUUGUCAGGCUCCACCCCCAGAUCCAGCCCCUUUGAAGAUGCAGAAUGCUGCCACCUCAACAGUUCAGCCAAACCCAAGGCCGAAAAAGAUGAACACAAAACGACAUACAGCAGACCUUAUUUCUAAGAAUAUGGGUUCAGCUUCGAACUCCAAGCAAAGCACGUUUUUCAACCUUGGCCAAACAAAUGAUAGCUUGGAUAAACCUCGCGUGGAUUACGAAGUUAACGGGGAGGGUUUAAGAGAAGCCAUAAAAAGCCAUGAUGUUGAGGCUGUAAAGAAGCUUCUGAGUGAGGGUGUGGAUGCCAACUACUGUGACAAGCAAGGGUUUUCCUUGCUACAUUUGGCGACCCUCUUCAAUCAGACUGAAAUUUCUUUCAUUCUCAUGGAGCAUGGGGCGAGUCUGGAGUGCAAGAAUGCACAAGGGGAAACACCUUUGGAUUGUGCCCCUACCAUGUUGCAGUACAAAUUACGGAAGAAGAUGGAAGAAAGUGCAUAGCCCCAAAACCAAGGUCAUUGAUUGACCUGCGAGAUGAAUCUUCACAUUGUCUUUAACACGGCCAAACUCCUUUUUCUUUGAAAGUGUUGACAAGUUAUAUAUUAGCUUAUCAGGUGGAAUAAAUGAUUUGUACCUUCCCACGAAGGCUGUGUAUUGGAGCUGUAGAUACUAAAUUGUUACCAACCACAUUGUGGCCGCACAAUGUAACGAGUACAAUCCAUCUUUGAGAAAGUUGCCACAUUGGAUAUUCGUCAGGAAAACUAUUGGACUUCCAUGUAUAAUGCCUAUGCAAUGUAAUGCAUUUCUUUU